CUUCUCGUCUCGCUCCUUCUCCCCCGCGGCCCUUCCUCCGUAUGGUGUCAGUCUCUCUUGUCAAACCCCCUCCCCCCACCCUUCCGUUUGCCUCGUCCGACCGCUGGUGGCCGUUCUCGUUCUUUCGGCUACUUCUGUCGCUAUCACGUUGGCUGCCUCUGCCGUCGUCCGUUCACUACAAUCCUACUAGCCAUGGCGGCGCAGGCGGCCCUGAUUGCCGACACAAUUGUUGGCAUUAAAAGAGCCCUCCGCAAGGAGAAUGACUACUCCGGACCCGAUGAACCGAUCAGUCAACCAACAAACCGGGGCAACAAGCUACGCGCAAACUCUAAUUUUGUCCGGGAGGGUGCACUGGGCUAUAUUCACCCCGAGAAACUUUACAAACAGAAAAUUGAACAUGCUGGAUAUACGCGUUAUAUACUCCAGCCUAAUCCUGUGCGCUAUGAUUCGGAAGGGGAUGAGCUGGACGAGGAUGAUGAAGACUCCGAGGCCGAUGCCGCUGCGGCGGAAGAAAAUCCAUUUUCGGAAAUCGCGCUAGAAAAUUUCUUGUGCCCUCUGAAACAUCCGUCCGAACUCCCCACUCAUCCUUCUCUAUCACACGCUUAUACUUCGAAGGCUCUGCUACACAUGACACAGGCUAUUGAAGCCAAGCUACGUCAGGAAAGAGCAUUGUUAUGGCGGGCAAGAAAUCUACACCGGCAGUUUCUGGGCGACAGUUCCUGGAUGCCAUCGGGAGCGGUUGAAACGUCUGAAGAUCGAUCGAUCUUUGAGCCCCGGAUGGCUAGUACUACACGUAGCUCAUCGGUGAGUCAGUAUAAGCCCAACGGGACUGCCAGUAAUUUGGCGUCAGGGGCGCCUGCUGCUCAGAAGAACGGCACACAAGGUGCGUCGUUAGUGACAGGAGAUGCAAAGUUGUCCCGGGCCACGCAGAAUGAGGAUAUCCGAAGCCAAUCUGCGGCGGAAAAGGACGUUGAGAUGGCCGAUGCUCAUGAGCAGGAAACGAUACCCAAAGACCUUGUUUCGAAUGCGCUUGAACAGACCCGAGAGCCCAAAUCUGAAGAAGUUGAUACACCAGUUGGCGACCUGCCGCAUCACUCGGAGACAACCAACCUGGAACCGCAAGUCAACGGAAGCAAUAUAGCAAACAACAAAGUUGAUGAGGAUCGGAUGUCGGACUCAGACGGCACCCUGGACAGAGAUGGAAAAGGACCCGGAGGUUCUGCCGUCCAGGGCAAUGCGCAUGCCGACCCCGACCGCCGAGACAAUAUCCAGGCAGAUGAGACGGACAGAGAUGCAGAAAUGCAAGACGGAUCAUCACCCGAGCCACCCCGGCGAAUGACAACGCGGGCCCAGGCCAACGCAGCGAAUCCACAGCAGGAGGAAGAACUCGGGUCACUCUCUCCGUCCCCAUCUGACGACACUCUAGGGAGUCUCCCAAUACCACAUCCGCUUUUCCUUAUACCGGACUCGAUCCGGCCAGAUGCAAACUUCGGUCUCCCGCCCAAUGAAGCAGAAGAUACACGUCGACUGCUUUGGUCCUAUGUCCAGAAACAGGAGGAGACUGUCCGUGGGUUCGAGCACAUGCUGGAGUCUCUCCUUCGAGCCUGUCGGAUGAAAGAUGACGUGCUAGAGUGGUGCAAGGCGGAGGGCCACGUCGGCGAGCUGAGCGAUGGGGAAGAUUGGUAUGACCGGCAGAGAUGGGGGCUGGCGGAAGGGGAGGAUCUAAAAAAGGGUGCCGACGAAGACGAAAUUGAGACGGUGGAGGAAAGCCGGACAGCGAACAAGAGAGGCAGAGGUCGCCGGGCAUAG